AUGGAGGACGACACGGACCAGAGGGACAUCGGGCUGAAGUGCCGCAUUCUGUCGGACAAGAUCCCAUCGAACCAGGCCAAUCAGGGCAGCUCGGGCAUGUCGCUCAAGGGCCUCUACCUGGGCGUCGUGCUCACGACCGGCAACCUCCUGCGAGUGCUGUUCCGCGACUCGUCCAAGCGGGUCAUCUACGAGGAGGUUGCUGAUACCAGCCUGAUGCGAGACCUGGUGGAUGGCAUUUACAUUGUGCGUAUGCAGGGGAAUCUGCGGGUGGAGUUCGAGCUGUACUACCAGCUGCUGAGCAUACUGAGGAGCCCCGAGUUGCUUCUGCAGGUCACGAAGCACGCCGGG